CGACUGUGAGGGGCCACAUCGUUAAAACUGGGAACCUUCUCAGCAGCAUCCAAAGAGAAGAAUGUGUCUAAAGAUUUCAAAAUACCUAACUUGUGGAGGAUCUCAGAUCCAUCAUUCUGUACUGGGCGGAACAACGAAUGGAAGAAAAUCAAUGUGCUAUCAAGCUGCACUUUGAAAUUCAUUAAGCUUUCUGAAGUCCUUCUCUGCCACGGGUACAGUGCUUGAAACGUCAAGAGGCACAAUGGAUUUUGACACGGUCUGCGCUUUGGGGAGUUUUAAUCAGUUAAAAUAUCUUAAUGACUCUUUCGAUGAAAAUUACACGAUUCUUCUUGAUCGCUGGUCUGACAAUGUCACCGACCUCAUAAUAGACUGGUCAACCACGACUAAAAUUGCCACCAUGGUGAUCUAUCUAUUUAUUUGCAUAGUGGGGCUGGUGGGCAACUGUCUGGUAAUGUACGUUAUUGUCAGAUAUACCAAGAUGAAGACAGCAACAAAUAUAUAUAUAUUCAAUCUUGCACUUGCAGAUGCUUUAGAAUUAAUAACAUUACCUUUCCAAGCAACUGAUGCACUCCUGGGAUUCUGGCCUUUUGGAAAUAUUGUCUGUAAAUUAGCAAUCUCAAUUGACUACUACAACAUGUUCACCAGUAUCCUAACUCUGACAGUGAUGAGUGUCGAUCGGUAUAUUGCUGUCUGUCACCCUGUUAAAGCAUUAGAUAUGCGAACACCCUUCAAUGCCAAGGUUGUCAAUGUGUGCAUCUGGGUAUUUGCUUCUGUAAUUGGAAUACCAGCAAUGAUCAUGGGAUCAGCUGACACCGAAAAUAAGGAAAUUGAAUGCCUUUUGGUUCAUCCUCAGCCCCACAGUUACUGGAAGCCUAUAAUUGAGAUUGCUGUGUUUUUCUUCUCUUUUGUCAUCCCAGUUGUUGUCAUAACUAUUUGCUAUACAUUAAUGCUCAGGCGGUUGAGAAGAGUGCGCGUGCUUUCCGGAUCAAAGGAGAAGGACAGGAACCUGCGCAGAAUCACAAGAAUGGUCUUGGUGGUUGUUGCCGUCUUCAUUAUCUGUUGGACUCCAGUCCAUGUUCUAGUGUUAGUGCAAGCUGUGUGUAAUCGUGAAAUUUUAACUAUUAUGCCAAGCUGGCAUUUUUGUGUUGCCCUUGGCUAUGCCAAUAGCAGCCUCAAUCCCGUCCUUUAUGCCUUUCUGGAUGAAAAUUUCAAAAGAUGUUUCAAAGAAUUUUGCUUUCCCUCUGCUCUUAAAUCAGAACUUAAGACAUCAAAUGGAAUGAGAAGUAUCACAAAGGGCAUUGCACUCUCAUGUAAGAAUACAGAUGGCAAUGAAAAUGCUGCAUGACUAGAAAUGGGGGCAAUUUCAGCUGUUGGCCAUCAGAAGAACAAAAUAAUCAAAUAUGGAGAUGACCCAAACUAUAGGCCUUUGAAAUAAAUACUACUGCUGCAAUUCUAGCUCAAAUAAAUUAAGAACUGGUUCUUAAAAGAAAACAACUAAUAAAAAGAUGAAUUUCAGACAUUGAAAAAUUGCAGUAAUUGAUACGAAAAAUUAACAAAAAUAUAAACAGGCAUAUUAGUUCAAAUUUCAAAUUUUCAGACAAGUCACACUCUCCACUAAUAACUUUAAGCAAAUCUUUGGGCGAUCAAUAUUUCAUUUAAUUGUCAGAUGUAGUAUAUAUAUAAAAAAUUAAAUUUAUUGCAUGCUACUGAAAUAUACUGAUCAUUUCAUCGUAUGGGAACAAGUAAUUAAGAGCAAUGUCUGGCUUUAUAAAUAUAAUAUUAAAAAGUUAUUACAGUUACAGAUGAAUUAACUUUAAAAAAGACUUGAAAAAUUUAAUAUUUUUGGAUGCUUAUGACCCAAGUUAAAAUACCUAAAGCAUAAGAGAAAAUAAAAUUGUAAAAUUAUUUAUAUGAAACAUAAAUUAUAUUUAUUCAAUUGUAAUAAAACUUUUUAUUGCAGGGCAUGAGGUACUCAAAGAAUCAUAUAAUAGUGUAAGUUUGAACUUUACCUUUAUUUGUGAUUGUUUACAAAAGAUGCAACUUUAAUGCUUGCAGCAUGAACCACAUUCCAAUAUAAUAGUCCAAUAUUCAUUUUUACCAGUUUCUACUUAAACACAUUUGUAAAGUGGAAUAGAUGAUUACUGAGUAUAAAAAUAUUAUUUUAAUGUUUAGAGCAUAUCUUUAUGGGCAGUGAAUACACUUACAGGGUUUAAUAUCAGUCUCUGUAAACAAUUCCAUAUCAACUUCAUCUUUUUGCUAUUUCAUAAUCAGUAUUUCCUGUAUAUAACUGGUUCACAGACCUUAAAAAUAUCAGAUAUAGGAAAUGAAAUUUGAGCAUAUUAAACAUUUAUAAAUAAUUCAAAAUGUAAUUUCAGGCUUUGGUCAUUCAAAUCACCAUUUAAUCAUUCUCUGCAGAUGGUCAUUUCUAUAAUCACAUUAUACUUUUUUGAGAUUAAUUUUGAAUGUUGUAUAAAUGUUUCUAAUAAUUUCCAUUGAGGAACUUAUUUUCAUAGCUAAACAUUUUCAAAGAGCUUUGUACAAUUAUUUUGCAAUAGGUGCACUAAUUAUGUAAAAAGUAUUUUAUGUUAAUAAUUAUGUGUAUUAGUCGUCAUAAUGCAAUUGUGUAUUUAUCUGUUAAUUGAACUUAGCCAAGAUUCAAGAAUUGUUUUGUCUGACUGUAUGUACAUCUCCAAGUUAAAGCUGAGCCGUGUCAUCUGUGAUGCCAGAAUAUUCCAAAAUAUUUGUUGUUAUUGAAAUUAUACACUGCAGUAAAUUGAAAAUGUAUUGAUGUUGAACUCAUAUUUGUCUCUU